UGACCACUAUAAAAGGCAGGCUGAGAAGGAGACAAAGGCCAGGACGCUCUGCAGCUGUAGGGUAAGAGGAGCUGCCUCCCGAGAUGGAGAAAUUUAAGGCUGCGAUGUUGCUGGCGAGCGUCGGCGAUGCUCUUGGCUACAGAAAUGUCUGCAAGGAGAACAGCGCUGUGGGCAUGAAGAUUCAGGAGGAGCUGCAACGUUCUGGGGGCCUGGACCACCUCGUACUCUCGCCGGGAGAAUGGCCCGUGAGUGACAAUACCAUCAUGCACAUGGCAACCGCCGAGGCCCUCACCACAGACUACUGGUGCCUGGAUGAUCUGUACCGGGAGAUGGUGAGGUGCUAUGUGGAAAUCGUCGAGAAGCUUCCAGAACGCCGGCCAGACCCAGCUACCAUCGAAGGCUGCGCUCAGCUGAAACCCAAUAACUACCUCCUCGCCUGGCACACACCGUUCAACGAAAAGGGCUCAGGGUUUGGAGCAGCCACCAAGGCCAUGUGCAUCGGCCUGCGGUACUGGAAGCCCGAGCGGCUGGAGACCCUCAUCGAGGUCAGCGUGGAGUGCGGCCGGAUGACCCACAACCAUCCCACAGGCUUCCUGGGCUCCCUGUGCACGGCCCUGUUUGUGUCGUUCGCCGCACAAGGAAAGCCGCUGGUCCAGUGGGGGAGGGACAUGCUACGGGCAGUGCCCCUGGCAGAAGAGUACUGCAGGAGGACCAUCCGGCACACGGCAGAAUACCAGGAGCACUGGUUUUACUUUGAAGCUAAAUGGCAGUUUUAUUUGGAGGAGAGGAAAAUCAGUAAAGACUCAGAAAAUAAAGCCAUCUUCCCCGACAAUUAUGACGCAGAAGAGAGGGAAAAGACCUACAGGAAGUGGAGCUCGGAAGGUCGAGGGGGAAGACGAGGCCAUGACGCCCCCAUGAUAGCCUAUGACGCCCUCCUUGCAGCAGGCAGCAGCUGGACUGAGCUGUGUCACCGGGCCAUGUUUCAUGGAGGGGAGAGUGCAGCCACGGGCACCAUUGCAGGCUGCCUGUUUGGGUUGCUGUACGGCUUGGACCUCGUUCCCAAAGGCUUGUACCAAGACCUGGAGGACAAGGAGAAGCUGGAGGACCUGGGCGCGGCCCUCUACCGCCUGUCCACAGAGGAGAAGUAAAGCCAUUUCUGCCACUUUCCCCCUAGAGAGCCAGUGCCACCCCUGGGGCCCAUAGUGUCCUCUCGCAGCCCCUGGGUGAGGGCGUCCCUGUGCGGCUCCACUGCAGUCUGCGCCUGACUGGUCACAUCUAACUCUCAUUUCCAAUAUCAGAAUCCUAACUGUUGCGUAAAAUACACUGUUUGUCCUGCGGGAAUAUUUUCCAUCCUCCACCAUCCACACUGACAUUGUGUGGCUUGUGGCACUUGGACGUCCAGGCGUGGCACUCACCCGCAGUCUCCCGGACAGACGGUGUAUUUUAUUCCGCCGCAGAGCUAAUGCUGUUUACUCACUCACUUCAACAACACUAACUGUGGUGGCCUCCAGCAGGCCCCCGCUGCAGACCCUCCGUCCUGCCUCUGCCUCCACCUCCAGGCAUGCAUUUCCCCCGAGGGCCGAUGUAGCACCUCCCCGCCCUCCACCCCCUGCCAUGUCCACAGUGGGCCUGUGUGCCUGGACAGAGAAACAGUCCACACUGGGGCCUGGGGCACACAUACACAAGCAUUGCUCUUAACCCCACCCACCUUUUUAAUCACACUAGAUUUUAAGAUCAAUCUCUUUUUGAAACAACUGACGGAGAAAACCAGAACCUAAAUGGCCUCCUGCCAGCUCCGGCGUCUCUCUGUGGUCUGCCUUAGUGGGCCAGGUGCAAAUGCAGAGCAGGCCUUUCCCCUCCGCGCCUGCCCUGCCGGGCUCGCUGACGAGGAAGCACUGUCCCUGCGGUGAGGUUCUCUCUCAGAGAGUCUUGGAAAAGAGAUCACUUGCUCUUGUUUAAAAUAAAUCUGGACGUGAUUUUUCCAUGCAGCAUCUGGUGUGAAUAAAACAGCAGUUGACUGA